GCCAAGCCUACGCAAGAAAAAUGAUCUGGUGAGCGAAUUCCGAUCGAAAUAUAGUCUGCCGUGGAUCGUCGGACCGUUCAGUCUUUUUCCGUUCGAACAGUGUUCUCCGAUCUGUGAGGUUGCUCGCACACCUAUUUUUUAAUUCCUUUAAGUUACUAAAUCCAAAAACACAAAUCCAAAAUGGCUGAUGAUGAGAAGAAAGCAGCCGAUGCACCAGCAGCCGCACCAGCGCCCGCAGCAGCAGCGCCUGCACCGGCUGCAGCACCAGCAGCAGCAGCGGCACCAGCGGCCGCACCAGCCGCGGGAGCUGCCCCCGCUGCCGCACCAGCCGCAGGUGCUGCACCCGCAGCAGGCGCUGCACCAGCUGCCGCGGCCGCUCCCGCCAAGCCUGCCAAGCCACUUGAUCCCAAAGAGGAGGCAAAGAAGGCUAAACAGGCCGAGAUUGAGCGCAAGCGUGCUGAGGUGCGCAAGCGUAUGGAGGAAGCCUCCAAGGCUAAGAAGGCCAAGAAAGGUUUCAUGACACCAGAAAGGAAGAAGAAACUUAGGUUGUUGCUCCGUAAGAAAGCCGCUGAGGAGUUGAAGAAGGAACAGGAACGCAAAGCCGCCGAACGUAGACGCAUCAUUGAAGAGCGUUGCGGUAGCCCCAGAAAUCUCAGCGACGCCAGCGAAGGCGAAUUACAAGAGAUUUGUGAAGAGUAUUACGAGCGUAUGUAUAUAUGCGAAGGCCAGAAAUGGGAUCUGGAAUACGAAGUCAGGAAAAAAGACUGGGAGAUCAACGAUCUCAAUGCCCAAGUCAACGAUCUGCGUGGCAAGUUCGUGAAACCAGCCUUGAAGAAGGUCUCCAAAUAUGAAAACAAAUUCGCCAAGCUCCAAAAGAAGGCCGCCGAAUUCAACUUCCGUAAUCAACUUAAGGUUGUUAAGAAGAAGGAAUUCACAUUGGAGGAAGAAGAGAAGGAGAAAAAGAUAAAAGAUGCUCAAUUAAAGUCAACAGUCAAAAAGUAAAAAACCCGACUGGUCCAAGGGCAAACCCGGUGAUGCUAAGGAUCACGCCCCAGAAACACCAGCAUAAAAUCAUGAUGUACGAGCAAUUUGGCAACAUCGCAACGGGUGUUGUUUUUAGCAGAGAAGCAGCGCAGUUAGAACAAUACCAACAACAACAACAACAAAUAUUUUUAAAUAUAAAGUUAUAUGUUUAUUAAGUGAAAAGAAAAAAAACAAAAAAAAUACACAGAAACCCGAUUUUUAUUAUAAUUAUAUAUAACAGUAACAACAAAAGCAACACCACCUAGCAAAAUAUUGGCAACUGGCAACAGCAACGGGGGGAAAGCGGCACGAAUUCGGUAGAAGGCUUAAAAACAAGUGAUUUGCUUUGGAAGUAGACGCUCAGCACUAAACUGCAGCGCUGUCUACACUUACGCGCAAACAAUUAGCAUAAU